AUGGAAAGUCGAGCUGCCACAACUGAAUCCAAGCAUACAUAUCCAACGUCUCCUUGGAUCCAAGCCCCCACGAUAUCAUCGUCUACUUCGGGUUCCUACUUCGGCGACGCUUCCUCUCGCGUUCCGGCCCAGCUAGACUUCUGGCCCUUGCUCUUUCCGCAACAAGCCUCAGUCUACCAAGCGCAGUUGCUACACUACACCAAUCUCGUCUCACCGGGACGAGGAGGCGGCUUGCACCAACCUCAAGCGCUUCCUCAGGCGACGGUGGCUACCCCUCAGAUCCAGGCGGCCCCUCGGUCCAGAUCAACCUCCAAGGUCUCAAACAAGGAAAUCUCCGCAACCAAGGGUUCCCAAGGAGGCCAUGGGAAUAGAGCCGUGCAGACUAAAGACAAAGGCGAUCGCGCUGUCAUAACAGGCAAGGACGCUCCGUCCAAGAUGCAGCAGUCAUCGCAGCAACAACCGGAGCUUUCACAUCCACUCCCUGCACGCCCUGCAGCCAGGGCCGGCAAUGGACAGUCUCAUUCCAACUCCAUGCCCUCGACUCCCCAACAACAUGCUAGAAACUUCUCGUUCGAGUCGCGGGAACCUUCGCCAACCGCCACAAACAAUCACUCUCCUCGCUCUGCCUACUCAGAGACCAACAGCAACCUUCCCUCAUUACGACCCCUCCCUCCCCGGCUUGGCGGCUGCAAAUAUGAGACUUCUCAGAUCAAUUCGAAGAGGCGUAUGCCCUACAGCAUAGGAAGCGACAAGCUGGAUAAGACCAGCCUCGACAAGAUCAAGAGCAAGCUGUCGGAAGAUGUAGAGACGAAGCUGACCACAGAUAUGCGGGAGUUGUACGACAGGUUACGACCGACUGACAAAGUUGAAGAAAACCGUCAAAAGCUCGUCGUCAAGCUGGAGAAGAUGUUUAACGAGGAAUGGCCUGGAAAUGACAUUCGCGUGCAUCUCUUUGGCUCCUCAGGCAACUUACUUUGCUCGGACGACGCUGAUGUUGAUAUCUGCAUUACAACGCCUUGGAAGGACUUGGAGUAUGUCUGCACGAUUGCAGCAUUGCUUGCGAAGAAGGGCAUGGAAAAGGUCGUCUGCAUCUCAGGCGCCAAAGUUCCCAUCGUCAAGAUCUGGGACCCCGAGCUCGGCCUCGCUUGCGACAUGAAUGUGAACAAUACUCUGGCGUUGGAGAACACGAGAAUGGUCCGAACAUACGUCGAGAUCGAUCCUCGAGUGCGGCCCUUGGCCAUGGUUAUCAAGUACUGGACACGGCAGAGGAUUGUAAACGAUGCUGCGUUUGGAGGUACUCUCAGUUCUUACACGUGGAUCUGCCUCAUUAUUGGAUUUCUCCAGCUUCGCGACCCGCCAGUGCUUCCCUCCCUUCACCAGCGCCAGCAUCAGCGGCUCCCUAAGAAUGGCGGGCCCGAGAGCGCAUUCGCUGAUGACUUGGAAAAACUGAGCGGAUUCGGCGCGAAGAAUGAGGCGUCUUUGGGUGAGCUCUUGUUCCAGUUCUUCCGCUUCUACGCACACGAGUUCGACUACGAUAAGUACGUUAUAUCGAUUCGUCUUGGACGGAAGGCAACGCGAAUGGAAAAGGGAUGGCACAUUGGCAUAAAUAACCAUUUGUGUGUGGAGGAGCCAUUCAACACCGCUCGCAACCUGGGCAACACUGCGGAUGAGUACUCGUUCCGUGGACUUCAUCUGGAGUUACGACGAGCGUUUGACCUCAUCUCAGAAGGGAAACUGGGUGAAUGCUGCGAACAAUACGUAUACCCCAAAGAAGAGACACCGGUGUUCCAGCGCCCUCCAAAUACUUCGAGGCCGGUCAUGAUCCGCAGCUCUUCUCAGCAGCACUCCGGUAGAGGCCGUGGAAACUUCCGUGGAGGUCGACACUCGAACAACUUCCAGCGGAAUGCAAACUCGAACAGGAGAGCUUCGUCCAGCGUCGCUUACGACACCAACACCAUGUACAUGCCCCCAGUGGCUAUGACUCCCCAGGAUCUUGCGUGGUACGCGCAACAGGCACAGUCCCACCAGCAAUAUCCCGCGCUUGUAGGUGCAGCCAUGGCCGCCCAGGUUCAGCAAGAAAAUAACAUUCGGUUCCAGCUCUAUACUCAAUCCCAGGUUUAUCAGCAAGUCCAGGCUCAGAUGGCUGCCCAAAUGCACGCUGCUCAGAGGAUGCAGGGGUCCUCUUCAGCUACGCAGCAGGGUCCAGAACGGUCCAGGACCAACUCCUUUGACAAUCCGCCCCUGAGUGCCCCCAUCGCUGGCCCUCAAGAUUGGUACAGCAUGUACGGAGUACCCAUGGCGGCGUAUUACGGCCAGUCCAGCUUCGCCUAUCCCUCUUCGCCGGCGACAGUGGCGACUAGCACGCCAGAAUAUCGAAGAGGCCUUCAAAGAUCGUCAGCAACAACAGAGUCGGGCGCCUCGACUUCCGGAAGCUCACUAAGGUCGCAGUCACAGCCUGCCUCCCGCUCUGCUCCUACAGCACAGCACAAUCAGGCUUAUACAGGAAACAGCGCGUCGGUUAAUACCAAUUUAAAUCCCACUCGGCAAGUGAACGGAAUCCCGGUCUCGAACGGCGUUCCAAGCGACGUCGAGUACGACGAAGCCUCCCAGGCCCCAGCGAGCGAUUCGCCUGCCUCUGACGAAGGAGCUUAUUUGGGUUACUACGUUUCAGAUGCCUCCAGUCCGGCGCACUCCCAAGUAGCGCCCAACGCCAUAGCCUUUGCGGACACGACCCAGCCAGCCCAGGGACGGCGUAGGUUGUCAACCGAGGUUCCGCAGACUAUCCUGGACCGCAGAAUGCGAAGAACAUCUCGUUCACCGUCUCCCCUUGGCCAUGCCCGGGCGUUCUCUAGCGGAGGUAGCUCGGUAGCAUCCGCUCCGGUGGUUGCGUCUGGCAGUACGAACGGUCCUCGAGCAGCCUCGCGGCCUUUGAUAGUCAACGGCACUGGAUCAUCUCUUCGCACGAGUUCGACGCCAUCGCAACGUCACAAUCCUGCCGUGGUUUCAACGGAAUCAAACCCAACUGACGAUCAAGGCCGCUCGUCUCAGGAAAACACGCUGCAAGUUCAAGGUCUCGGCAUCACCGGAUACACCUCAGAUCAGUUGGAUGGCCAGGCUUUUCCAAGGUCUGAAUCAGCUCAGAUUCCCGUGUCUGAGCGGACUCCGGUGAUUGUUAACGGUACUACCACGCCAUCGUCGACCACCAAUGCGACUGCCUCGGCUUCACCAGCUUCUGUUUCUGCACCCCAGCAGCCUGCGUCCCAGGCGAUCGACGACGCUUCAUUCCGUGACAGGAUUGCACUCAUGUCGAUGAAUCAGUAUGCUUGGUCACCGCAAGCUCAAGUGCAAUCGCAACCAUAUCCAGACGUCGCAAAUGGCAUGCAGCCAUCCCUUCGCCAGAGAGCGCUAUCGAGACAGCAAAGUGGAGUAAUAGCGCCACUUGAUCUCGCAACUCGAGAAAAUAGGAUGAAUGGCCACCAGUUGAGCAUUGACGCACAGCACCUGUCGCCAAUCAACGAGACCAGAUCUCCUUCACCGACAGUUGUGAGAAAGAAUGACUUUGCAUCAAGAGUUGAUCAGCUUCCGCCAGCUUCCCAAAGCUCAGCACCCAAGGCUCACGCCGAGCCUUCUGGCUCAGGACACCGACCGAACGACACCAAGGGCUCGGCUGGAAAGGAAUCCAAGCAAGGGCAUGCAUCUACUCAUUCGCCGAAGCGAUCCUCGACGGCCAACCAGCGCUCAUCCCAAGCGACAGCACAGGCUCAGGCGCAGUCACACAGCUCCGGUCAGGCUCAGGUCCAUUCUCCAAGGGUUAAUGGCGUUCGAGAGAAUGGCCAUACACGCAGUGCCAAAAGCGAAAGCCACGGCCCUGAGAGCUCAUGGCAGAAGGCCACAAAGGGCCGCAAAAAGGGUGCUGACACGAAGAAUCACGGCGGAUCUGCCUCUAGCGAGCAGCCACCCAAGCACGACGCAGACCGGAAGGGCGGCUAA